AAGCGUUCGCGUAUUACAAGCUGCGCUAGGGGUCUUUUAGUUUCUGCUGUUCAGCACCUCCAACCUCAUUCUUCAAUAUGAAGGCGCUGAGCCCAGUUCGCGGGUGCUACGAAGCGGUGUGCUGCCUAUCGGAACGCAGCCUGGCCAUAGCGCGAGGCCGUAGCAAGGGCCCCGCAGCUGAGGAGCCGCUGAGCCUGCUCGACGACAUGAACCACUGCUACUCGCGUCUGCGGGAGCUGGUACCCGGAGUCCCGCGAGGCACUCAGCUUAGCCAGGUGGAAAUCCUGCAACGCGUCAUCGACUACAUCCUUGACCUGCAGGUGGUCCUGGCUGAGCCUGCCCCUGGACCCCCAGACGGCCCGCAUCUUCCCAUCCAGACAGCUGAGCUCGCUCCGGAACUUGUGCUCUCCAACGACAAGAGGAGCUUCUGCCACUGACCUGGCCGCCCUGGCGCCUCCAGAACGCAGGUGCUGGCGCCGGUUCCGUGUGGGACCCCGGGACCUUCUAUGGCCGGAAGCCCGAGGGCAUGGAUGGGCCCCAACCUCGCCCUGCCCACUUGACUUCCCCAAACCCUUGCCUCGAGGCUGGACCUGGCGCCCGGGAGCGAAGGACUGUGAACUUGGGUGGCCUAAAGAGCUGGGCACCAGCUGGGCCAUGUCACCCAGCUCCCACACAACCCCCAAGUUUUAAAGACUGCCUUUCGGUGUGUGGAGGUGUUGGGGAUGUGUCUGUUCUCCUAACUGCCAAGGCAGCGGUAGAGCUGGUCUUCUGGUCUCCUUGGAGAAAGGCUCUUGUUGCCCUGAUUAUGAACUCUAUAAUAGAGUAUACAGCUUUUGUACCUUUUUGCAGGAAGGUGACUUUCUGUAACCAUGUGAUGUAUAUUAAACUUUUUAUAAAAGUUAACAUUUCGCAUAAUAAACGGUUUUUAAACACU